ACUCAAUUCUUGCGCGCUUUAGUUCGUGCGAGGUUCACCAGCUCGUUUGAACAUCCCUUUAAGUAUUUUUAACUAUUUUUUCGCAGUCACGUGAUCUGAAACUUGUUGCGCAGUGUGUCUGAUUUUCAUUUAUUUCCUCUCUGUUUGUCACCGGCUCUUGGGCUACCGCCAGCAUGAGAAUCCACAAGAUUUUCAUGCCCCUUCUAAUCGGCAUUGGAAUCUUGGGCUUCACCGAUGCUCGACUUGAAUCUUUCUUGGCCAAUUCUGUCGAGCGAAGUCUCUUCGCAGAGUCCGUCAUGAUGAACGAAAAUGAUGACGCCACCGAAGAAACACAGACGAAAGAAGCCAUCAUGAAACUGUUUACCAAAACGUGCGAGAAAAAUGGCGGACCCGGGGCGUUGACAAUCGCAUUUGCAAAGAUAGAGAACAUCCAGCAUUGUUUGUUGAGGCUGAAUGAAUCAAUUAACGUUGACUACUCCUACAUCGAAAAGCAUCCUAAAGAAAUGCCGAAAGUCUACAUCGAAGCCUAUUGUCCCCACGUCUCGAGUCUGGAAUCCUGCGUCAACGAUUUCAAGAAAGAUAAUCCAUGCCUGGGACCCGUGGAACUUGAGAGUUUUGAAGCGUAUCGCGACUCCGCCAUUUUCUCACUAAACUUCGGCUGCGAAAAUAAAGGAGAAAACUUCAAAACGCUGAUGUACAGAGGUGGCAUAGAAUGUCUCAUGGAGACAGGGAAUGCGUCGUAUACCUGUAUGACACAAGAGUUUGGAAAUGACACGAGGGAAUAUAUGUCCGCAAUAUCUUCCACAUCUAAACGCAAGGAAUAUCCAUGGAAUGUUCUGGCCAAGGAUGAUUGCGCAAACUUGGAAAAGUUUCACAAUUGUCAUCUCAAUGCGAUUCAGCGAUGCAAGAAACCGGAAGUUACAAAUGUGAUCAAGGGUCUGUGGAAUCAAGCCAUGGUAGGGCUUCGCUGCAGGAGUUCGGCCAACUCGCAACCGACGCCGGUUAGUUUAAUCAUCAUGCUGUUUGUGACAGCUUUAACGGCGAUGCGUUUCUAAUUCACACGUGGAUCGAGUUUAAGGUAUCGAAAUAUAAACGGUAAUUGGAAAAUCAUAUUCCCACCCGCUGGUGCACUCAUUUAAGCUGACAUCAACACCUGUAUCCAAAUUAUUACGUUAAAAUAUAUUAUAUCAUUGUCGCGUAAACUAUUUAAAAUUCUAACAAU